AUGACUUUUGCAGUCAGAUCUUUUGCUCGUCUCUUCCGCCCCAAUAUGUCCAUCUCCACAGGGCUCCAUACCAAGCGCAAUGUCUCUUUUUCUUCGUAUUUAGUGACACCAAAGCAGCUGAAUGAAGCACUUAAGAAGAACCCCACGACAAAAAUCUCAACUUCCCCGCGCGUGAUUCCCCUCUGUGCAGCAUGGUUCAUGCCGAACGACCCAGAGGGUCGCAAGGGAAUUGACUCCUUCCGUAACUCGCGCAUCCCCCAGGCCCGAUUUUUCGACCUUGACGCUAUCAAAGAUCAAGAUUCACCUUAUCCCCACAUGCUUCCCACUUGUGAGACCUUUGCCGAGGCUAUGAGCGAGCUGGGGAUCCGUCGCGACGACGAGGUGGUGGUUUACGACACUGCCGACCUGGGCAUCUUCAGUGCGCCCCGUGUAGGCUGGACGCUGCGCGUCUUUGGCCACCCCAAUGUGCAUAUCCUCAAUAACUAUCGUCUCUGGGUCAAAGAAGGUCUUCCAACGGAGGGCGGUGAGCCAGCGGUGGUGGAGAAGUCCAAGUACACUGUUCCGACAUACGACGCGCGACUAGUGAUCUCCUUCCGCGAGAUGAAGGAGUUGGCAUUGGACUAUGGAAAAGAAGGUGCAGAGGAAGUGGAGAUUCUAGAUGCACGCUCCUAUGGCCGCUGGGCUGGAACUGACCCGGAGCCACGCCCUGGCCUGUCAUCGGGCCAUAUUCCUGGUUCCAAGAGUAUGCCCUUCCAAGAAUUACUGGACCCUGAAACAAAAGCCUAUCUCCCUGCUGAAGAUCUGCGAAAGGUCUUUGAGGAUCACAAGGUGGAUCCAAGCCAAACAAUUAUUAGCUCGUGCGGUACUGGUGUGACUGCCUCCAUCAUCGAGACAGCCCUGAGUGAGGCGGAGUAUGGUGACCCAAACCUGCGUCGGGUAUAUGACGGCAGCUGGACUACUAAUAUGAACCUCAGUGAGUGGGCGCAACGAGUUAAGGAAUCGGAUGGCCUCAUCAAGAAGGUGAAGUCAUAG